ACCCAAGCCCACCGUAUUGUGCGGGAAACUCUUUCGUUCAGUACACCCUCUUGGCCCCGAGCUCACCUUACCGGAAAGCAUCAGCUCCCACGAUCAUUCAUUGACGGACAACGAGGAAGGGGAAGCUCUCCGACGGUCGCUAGCAAGCGCGUGUCAUGACUUCCUCACACGAUGGGAAUGAGGGCCCUUCCCCAAAUUCUAUCGCAGGAUUGGUACCCACCAGCCCUGUCUUCCCCCACUAGACCUAUCCUUCUUACUGAUGCAUGGGUCCCUCUAGUCAUUAUCCAUAUUCUCCGACAUCCUCUCGAACCUGACACACGACCUAGUCCUCCAAUCGCACCGCCAGGAGAAACUACGCAGCAGAGCACAUCCCGCCGAUUCCUCGUCCUCUUCGUUAACCUCGUUAUCAGAGACGACAUGCCCGCGGUGCAAUCUCCCCCAGCACACAGCUCAGACACUACAAUCCGUGGACACAGCCGACAAAAAGAAAUUUUGUUCGAGGCUUCCGUUCCAGAACACCCCCUACCAUGACAUCUACGGCAAUCCCUUCCCAACAAUAAAUAGCUCUAGCGCGAAGGAGAAAAAAUCCGCCGCCGCCACGGCUGCCGCAGUUGCAGCGGCGGACUCACCAACCCCAGAUCCGUCGGAUACCGCGGUGCCGGCUCCAAAGGGGAAGAACUCGGCUAUCAUCUAUUUUAAGUGCACGUCAUGUGACAACGAGAAGGUCGCGUCGUCGCGGUACGCUGCGCACCUGGAGAAGUGCUUGGGGCUUAGUGGGAGGAAGAGCAGUAGGGCUGCUAUGGUGAAGAUGAAUAGUAGCUCCGGUGGAGGGAGUCCGAUGCUUGCUCCGGCGGAUGCGCCGGGUGGCGGGAAUGGCGGGAAUGGUAACGGCAACGGCAACGGCGGGGGCAAUGGUAAACAGGGGGGUAGUCGGAAAACCAGCCCGGAAAAGAAGUCGCCCAUUCCGCCUCCAGCGCCGCUCAACGGAGUGGAGGAGACCAAGACCCUCCUCCCGCCGCCAAUCACCACACCACUCGCCGCAGUCAUCGUCAGUGGCGGUGGUAGCAUGCCUCCGGCCACUACCACCACUACAACUACCACCACUGCAACCCCAAAAAAGAAAAAAAAGAAGGCUGCAGUAGGCGCAAACGUCCCGGUACCCAUCCCCCCAACCGCAAUCUCCCAUGACGACCAUGACAAAGACCACCAUGACAAGGCCCGAGACACCUCAAUAUCCCAACCAACAAAAGACGCCCCCGCGCCUCCCAAAAAGCGUAAACGAAAAGCUGAAGCUGACGGCACGAUCAACGUCUCUGCAAUCCCUGCAGCAUCAUCAGUAGUGGUGAUGGGGGGAAUGUCACUUUCUGCGGGAACGAGCCUAGACAGCGAAAUUCCAAAACCCCCACCCAUAAAGAAACAGAAGGUUGCGUCCGGCGCGGGCUCCUCGGAAACACCAGUUACCAAAAAGUCGCAAUUGGGCAAAUUUAGUAAGAACAGGCAAAGCCCCACUCCUGGAAAUUUGCCCAAGAAGCCACCUGCUUCGGCUGCGGCUGGAGUUGGCGGCACCGACAGGGUUUGAUCCCCGCUUGUUCCCUGCACAUCUCUUACCGCUCUAUUAAUUCACUAACUUUCCACGUGCGCACAGAUAUCUACCCUCCCCCCAGCCCCACCCCCAACAUCGACCCCCAAACCUGCAAAACCGAAGGUAGCAAAGCCGAAGAUUGCAGCGGCAGCGGCAGGCACAGCAGCAGCGGGAGGAGCGGCCGGUAAGGUAGUUCCAAGACCCGUCAAGAAGCCGGACGGAGUUAAGAAGGUUAAGGGUACUGGGAAAGCCAAAACUGCAAAAGUUGCCAGCAAGGGGAUUGGAGCCGGGAAGGGGGUUGCGGGGAAUAGUAGCGCCGCCACUACUGCUGCUGCUGCUGUUGCUGGUAGUAAUGUUGUUGGUGGUGCUACUAGCGCUGCGUCAGUGGCGGGGGUGGUAGGGGGCACGGCGGGGGCUGCGGGCGCAACACCGGGGCAGGUUGCGGGAAAGGGGGUGGCUAGGAAGGGGACUUAG